AUUUAGAUUAAUUGAAUAUUCAUUAUAUUUCACAAAAAAAAAUCACGUUUGUAUAGAAGAGUAAAAAUUGCAUAAAAAAAAAAUAUGAGCAAACCUUGGACAAAUACUGCCAGUACAACUCGUGAAAAUCAAAGACGAUAUAACUCAGUUGAUAUCCAUGAAAGUAUUGAGUCGUUGAUACCAUUUACGGAUUCAAUAAAAGCCAAAAUUCAUGAAUUCCGAACACAAUUCAAAGAAACAUAUAAGCAGUAUUUAAAUUUGAUUGAAAAUCCCCAAAGUCAAACUAGAAUUUACUCUACUUCAGGCGGAAGAGGAGAAACUAAUAUACAGUCUGGAACUCAAUUCACGACACUGCCAAAGAUCAGAAAUGAAUCCGGGCGAAAAGUCCAAUACUCGUCAUUUCAUAAAGUUGCCAAAAUAUAUGACACAACAAUAAAAUCAUUAAGCGAUUUUAUGACUACUUUUACAGCGGAUUCUAGAGAUUUAUAUUCAACAGCUAUUCAAAUAAGUUCAUUACAGCAAGAAUUUGAUAAUCUACGCAGUCGAAAUUAUGACCGUAGAGAUGAUUUAGAAGUUAAUCAAUUGUAUCAAAUAAACAAAAAGAUCGAGAAUAUUAUCGAAAAUCACAAUAAGUUAGUAAUUAACUACAAUGCAGGAAUUGAACAUUUUAAUGCAUUGAAACAGAAUUUAAGUAACCGUAUACUUGUCUAUGAAUCGCCAACAGGAAAGAAUUUUGUAUUGUCACGAGAUGAUGAGCUAGAUGAGUUCCGACGUUUGGUUGAGAUCGAUGAAGUUUUGAAAAAACGGAGGCCAAUAUACGCAACAUUUGCGAGCAGAUUCAAAAGUGAUCUACAAUAUUCUGCUGACAGUACUGUAUUAAUGCCUGUCAGGCCGUUAAAGAACGACAAUUGGAUUCUGCAAUCUCUAAAAGAGCAAAAUAAUGAUGCCUCUGGACCAACCCAUCAAGAACACCAACCAUCUCGACGAAAUACCGAAUUUGAUGACGCUGCGAAGCAUCACGUGGAUCCUUCUGUACCUAAUGUUGAACGUGGAAUUAAUGUUCAACAAACUUCUCAAGAGCCAAUGGUUAUUUCACCUCCAACGCCAAACACUCAGUCAAAUUAUGAAACCCCUUCACCGAUGACUCACCAACGUCAGCAUUAUGAGGAAGCUGCAUCAUCGAAACCAGAAGAUGGACCACUGAAACGAGUGCCAAACUUGAAUCCAAAAAUCGUAAAAGAUUUUCAACAUCCUAGGAAGGAGACAACGACCAUUAACUAUGUUGCUGAUAAAAAUCCUGACGACUCUCAACAACCUCAUCCGCACACUCAGAAUCAUAAUAAACCUGAACCAUCUAAUCAAGUGCACCAGCAAUCCCAACAGAGUACAGAAUCAGAGAAAGCUAAAGGAGAUGACAUUGAUAAUUCUGUACUCGACGUUGAACCUAGCAUUGAUGUUCAACAAACUUAUCGACAGCCAAUGGAUUCCCAGCGUUCUGAAGAACUUCAAUCAUCUCAACCAGAGCAGCAUCAGCUAAAACGAAAAGCAGAGACUGAUAAGCCUGUAGUAGAUCAAUCUAAAUACAUUAAAAUCGACACCGUAGAAAAUUCAACAGACUUGAUACGUACAGAUCAAGGCACUAUCACGAAUUCCGAGUUAAAUGAAAUACUUGAAAGUAUACUUACGGACGAUCUAUCGGAAUUAGAACUAGACUUAUUUAAACACUAUGAAAUUCCUGAAACAGGUUUAUCGCCCAUUGAGAUCCGCAAUUCCCCUUCGUAUUCUUAUAUUUUAAAUAUUCUAUUUGCCAAUGGCUCGAUAACGCCUGAAAUUUCAGAUAACAUGUCAAAAUUACUUUCAAAAUUAGAAGAAAAACGUAUCAACGUCCCACCGAAACCACACGAUUUUAUUACUGAACUAUAUGUAAAUAAUAUUGAUGAAUUAAUUAGUAGACUUCGUAAGUUAUUAAUAGAUCCAUCCGCUCAAAAAAUAACUAGUUACUCGCCAAAUGACAAAGUGUGGAAAAAAACACAACUCAUGUACAAUAAAUUAACUGAUAAUCGGCAAUUUACUGAGUUCGUCGAAAAAUACUCAUAUUUACUACCACUUCCCAAUAAUAAUGCUAAUUCUAUUACAUUAAUUAAUGAAUCUAUUAGCAAGGGAUUAGAAUCACAGAAAAAAUUAUAUAACGGGAAUACUAAUAAUCUUUUAAAUGACAUCAUUAAAUUUUAUUCCGAUGAUUUAAAAAUAAUGCAAUGGCAACUUGAUUAUUUGAAUGAACAAUCUAAAUUAACAUUAAUUCAAUCUUUGUAUCUGCAUUUUGUACGUGACAAGAAAAGUAGUGUCAUUAUUGAUAAGUUUUUAAGUGAGCCAGUUAUAAAUGACAGAAAUCAUCAAUUCAUUAAACAAAUUAUUGGAAAAAUGAAUGAAACGAAGGUCGCUAUUGAAAAAACAUCUGAAACGUACGAAAACAUCAUAGAAAAAAUAAAUAAGAUUCGUCAUGAUUUAAAAAUUGAAAAUCGAAAUGAAAGUCGUUCAGAAGAAGAAAUACUCACAUCAAGUAUAAAACAAUUUUUACAAACAAAAUUUCGUGAAAUUUGUGACACUAAAUAUGAAAUAGCAUUACUAAUACUAAAACGAUUUGAAACUAUAGAUAAUAAUGAAAUUGAUAAAUUACAUGAUGCGAUUAAUGUUGAAUUUGAUAAACUUAAAGAAUUGUGGGAAUUAUAUGAUGGUCAUUUAGAAACGUACAAUAACAUAAAUGAUUAAAUGACGAAUGGUGUAAUUAAUUUAUUAAAUGACUAUUAAUGUUAGGAUAAAAAAUUUUUAAUUUUAUGGGCAAUGCCUGAGAAUAUUUAAUGCUUAGCUGCGUUCAUAGUCACGUGCUCUAUUAACUAAUAAAAAAACUUGAAAACCGCCUGACCCUGCGGGCCAGCCGAAAAGUUCCCGCCAUUUUCAAGCUUUUGAGCUCGAGAAUACUAUUGUUAACACAUUUUUGAGCUCUUAAAGUUCGAAAAUAGAAAUGUCACACCUUCCAUUGCGGAAAUUCAAGUAACUAACGAUAACAAAAAAAAAAUCGGUCUAUCGGUUAACCCUGCGGGCCAGCCCCAAAACUUCCUGCUGUUUUCGAGCUUGUUGAGCUUGAAAACAUUAUGGUCAAUACAUUUUCGAGCUCUUCGAGCUCGAUAUUACUUUUGUAUGCCAUUGUCUUAAAAAAAUACAUUUUUUAGCAUUUCUUUCUCCCACGAUAUCUCGCGAACGAAUUAACCGAUUUUGAUGGUUGAGGCGGCAAUCGACGUGUUUUAUCAAGUUCUAAAGCUGAUUAAAUUUUGAAAUUGAUUUAUCGAGUCGUUUUUAAGAAAUUUCAAAAAAACCGAAAAAAAAAAUUUUUUGAAUUCUUUUGUCAACGGUUUCUCUUGAACGAAUGAACCGAUUUUGAUGGUUGAGGUGGCAUUCGACGCGGCUUAUAAAGUUUUAGAGCUGAUUAGAUUUUGGAAUCAAUCCAUCGAGCAAAAUAACAGUUAUCCAAAUAAAACAUUUUUGAAAAAGCGUAAAAUUUUUUUUUU